CUCCUCCCCUUCCUCCUCUUCCUCCACAACUGACCUCUGAUGUCUCUGCUACUUUCACACAUCCUCCACCACUUUACAACAAUCACCCGCCGACACCAGAGAGUCUUUUGGACCUGGAUCUGUCUCUGCCCCCUCUCCCUGAGACGGAAGAGAUGCCAAGUUUUGAAGGGAUCAAAAACAAGGCCUGCUGCUUGGGCUCUGACUUGUUCAUUCCAGAUGACUUUGAGUUUCCUCCGCUGUCUGCUGGAAUCCAUCAAUCAGAAUACAGGCCAGUUAUGUCCCCUACAUUUUUCGCUCUGGAUGACGAGGUGGAGAAGAAUAUCUGUGAUCUUAAUUAUGACUUUCCGGAACCGACUGGCGGGAACUCCGAUGCCAGUGCUCAGGCAGAAAAUGUACAAAAUGUGGACAGCCAUACUCCAAGUACUGAGCUGCCUAUUCAGAGUCUGGAGUGGAUGCACGCAGAGGUUAUCCGCCAGAUGAACAACAGUUACGAUGAGGUGCUUAGUCUUGCAGAAGAUCUGUCCAAAUGCCAGCUUUAUUCCUAUGAGAUGACACUGCUGGGCCCGAUUUUUAACGAGCUUUGCAUCUCCGGCCCGAAGAAUAAGCCUGUUAGUGGUAGUAACUCCGUCCAGCAAAGUGAUGUGGGAAGGCAAGUAUCCGUGCAACAUGAUUCCCAAUCCCACACAACCAGUCAGAAACCACCAAUGCAACUUAAUUCUCAAUGCCACAUCAUCAGUCAGCAAAUACAUACCCAUUCCCACUACCCCACAAACAGUCAGCAAGCACCGAUGCAAUUUAAUUCUCAAUAUCACUCAAUCAGUUAUCAAACACCCACGCAAUUUAACUCUCAGUAUCAUACAAUCAGUCAGCAAACACCCCGACUGCCAGGUUCAAAAUAUCAAUCCAACCAAACUUUUGCCCCCUGUGGUAUUUCAUCUCCAACCUCUUUACUGUCUGCAACGCCAAAGUCCACCACAUACAGCACUGGGCUGUCGUCCCAUCCCAACCAUCAUCGACCUUCUGGGUCACCCUCCUCCUCAUCCCCGUCACCUCCACAACCGAAGCCAGCGAGAUCAGAGCAGGGAUUGUGCGAGGCUGAUUACAACAAAACCUUGCCAUGGUGUGAGUUCUCCGAAGGUCAUCUCGAUGAUGUGGCCUCUAUGCUUUUGGAGGCCCAUGAGAAGCACAUUGGCAAGGACAUGAACUCUGUGAGCCGGGAGGAGAUAGCAGAAAAGUCAGAGAUCUAUCUGAAACUUUGUCGUCUCAAGGAGCGUGUGUUUGGCAAGCACACAUUAUUUCACAAUAAGGACGAGUACUUCGAGAUCCUGGAGAACACAGGUGUGGACAUCGACGGUCGUAAGGAGUGGAUGGGGGUCAAUGUCCAGGUCACCAACGAUGUCCUCUUCAAGGUCGUCCGCUUCAUCAAGUCUGUGCCAGGAUUUCUGGACCUGUGUAAAGACGACAGAAUUGUCCUUUGUCGAUCAUCCUUCAUUGACUGUUUUGUCCUGGGGAGUUUUCGUGGUUUUGACAUCCGGAACAACAUCAUAAUCAAUGAGUUGAACCAAGCCACCAAUUAUGAAGAAAUCCUCGGCAUCUUUCCAGAGUUUGACGAGAACAUACGUUUCUACGUGGCCUUUAUCCGGCGAAUUCAAGCUAUGGACCUCACUCGUGAAGAAAUUGUUUUAUUGAAGGCUAUUUGCAUAACGUCGCCAGAUCGAGAUGGACUGAAGGAACGGCAGAAGGUGGAAGCUCUGUACUGGCGGUUUCUCUGCUGUCUGUUACUGUCUCUUCACCGUCGUCACCCAAAGCCGUACAGCGUCUACUCUCAGGUGAUCACUUUGCUGACUGAUCUCAAGACUUGUUUGAUUAUCCACCGUCAGCUCCAAGAGAAGUUCUACGUGGACAUUGUCAAACUGACCAGUGAGAUUGAUGCACCUCUGUACAAGGAACUGUUUUUAUCCGGCCACCGGACGACCGAGGAAUCAUGAAUACAUUGCGAUCCUCUGAUCCAUGUCAACUUACCAAACAAGAAAAUGGUACAGUCAUAGAUGAAGAUCUGCCUUGAGAAUGCGGAGC